AUGUGUAAUUAUACAAAUCGUUUCGAUUGUUCGUCAUCUCGUGUUUGUUGUGGCUCAGAAACCGAUCGACACUGUUGUAUACCAACAUCACCAGCAACAUUAUCGUCAACCUUACCGUCUGUUAUUCCCUACGAGUCGUCAAAUGAUUACUUUCUUCAACGAGGCAAUGAUAUACUCCCUGAAAAAUGGUUUUUCCUGCAAAUAUGUACUGUCGGUAUCUUUCUUACCAUGACCUUACUUAUUUUCGUUAUGGUUUGUCAAUGUCUAUCAUCGAUUCGUCGCAGUAAACAACGUCAACAACGACGAAUGUCGAUUGUUCAAAUGCCUUUACCAGCUGCUUCUCCGCUUCUUUUAGAACACAGUCGAUCUAUGUCUAAUCGAAUAUCAACAAUUAGCACGACACCAAGUGAAGCCAAAUCACGAUGUACAGAAACAUCAUUGAUUUUAAAUACGCCAUUGAAUCUUUAUCCAAUUGGAAAUAGUCGUGAUUCAACCGCAUCGUCAUCUUACUACAUGUUUCCUAAUGAGUUCGAACAUCUUUGUAAAUAA